AACACGGCGAGGAUAAAGCAAGAUGGCGUCCGACGGUGAAGACGUUAUUGCAGUCGUCACAGCUCAGUGUUCUUAAUCAGUGCGUCCAUGUACACAUAUAUAUGUCGUUUAUUAGACUCUAUUAAAUAGAGUAAACAUCGUUAAUAACUGUUUGCAUCCGGUUAUAUUAGUCUGAGCGCACUUUCAUGCUUCUCGAGCUAGUUUAGCUUGCUAGUUAGCUUAGCUUGUUAGCUGCUAACAAAGAGAGGCGGAAGUGAUCAAAACACAUCGCUAAGCAGAGAUCAAGUGUGAGUGUAAAGUGUUGUGAUUGUGUGAACAUGUGCGAAAGAACGAUAGCAGAUUACGAGGAGGAACUUUGUCCAACAGAAGAGGAGAAGGAGCGACAACAUCGAAAACAUCAAGUUGUGUUACACAGAACAGACAUUCAUCAGCUUAAUGGACACCAAGAAGAAUGCCUCCCCCAUCUGCAGGGGGACAGUUUCACUUUAGAGGAUCCACAGCCCACUUAUUUUGAAGAGGAUGGAGAGUGUCCUGUAGGGCAGGAGGAGGCUGAUCUCACCAAGUUUCCACUGACUGUUGUCUCUGUGAAGACCGAAGACCAUGAAGACAAACCACCUGAGUCCUCACAGCUUCAUCAUAGUCCAAACGUCUGUGAAAAAUAUCGUCUACCUGAGCAGCAGGAGGAGUCUUCCAGUAUGGAGCAGAAGAGGUCACAGCACCUCCACGUGAAAGAAGAGGAGCCACAGCCCCCCCACUUUAAAGAUGAAGAAAAACAGCGGCUGUCCCCUCACUUCAUAGAGGAAGACAAGAGACACCUAAUCAGUGUGAAGAGUGAAGAGGAUGAGGUCAAAGGUGAGAGUGAGAGUGAGGAGAAGAGAGAGGCGGAGCCUCCAAGCAGCAGCUCAACUCAACACAUGACAACAGAAGCUGAUGGAGACCACUGUGGAGGAUCACAAGCAGACAAGAUCUUAGCUCCACUAUCAGAUAGUGACGACACAACGUCUCACUCUCCUGACACUGAUGAUGAAGACUCUAAAAAUGAUAAGACAUGUCACACUGACAACACACACUUCACAUGUUCUCACUGUGACAAAACUUUUAAAUACCGGCGCAAUAUGAAAAGACACAUGAGAAUACACACCGGAGAAAAACCUUUUUCCUGCUCAGAAUGUGGUCGAGAUUUUAGACUAAAACAAAUGCUGAAAGAACAUGUGAGAAUACACACUGGAGAAAAACCUUUUUCCUGUUCAGAAUGUGGUAAAAGUUUUGUAAUGAAUCAAAAUUUAAAAGUACACAUGAGAACACACACUGGCGAAAAACCGUAUUUAUGUUCAAUCUGCAGUAAAGAUUUUACUCGAAGGUACCAUUUCAAAGUACACAUGAGAACACACACUGGAGAAAAACCUUUUAUUUGUUCAGUAUGUGGUAAAAGUUAUAUAGAAAGACGGCAAUUAAAAUCACACGUGAGAACGCACUCUGGUGAAAAACCAUACUCCUGUUCAAGCUGCAACAAAAGCUUUUGCCACCAACAAUCUUGUACAGUACACAUGAGAACACACACAGGAGAGAAAGUGUUGAGUUGCAGUGUGUGUGGUGAAAGAUUCUCUUCUAAGUACCAGUGUAAGAAACACAAGUGUGCUGGUGAGAACAGCAGCAAAUGAAGAUGCAGGAUUUGAAAUAAACUGUCAAGACUUUAACUUUGACUUUCUAACAUCAGCACAUAUAACAUAUGUGACAUCGUUGUUGUGUGUGUAACACCAUCUUGUUAAAAUGAUUCUAACAUUUAUAGAUUAGACACUUCAGAUUAGUGAUUUUUUUUCAGUCAAGUACAUGAGUUAAUAUACACAUUUCCAUCCAUCCAUUUUCUACCGCUUGUCUCUUUUGGGGUCGCGGAGGGUGCUGGAACCUAUCAGCUGCAUUCGGGCGGAAGGCGGGUACACCCUGUUUUUUUGUGUAUUUUAAAAUGAACAGAACAAUUUGACUGAAAAAGUGAGAAUAAAAAGUACAUAUAAUAUGUUACAUAAAAUAAACAUUUUAUAUGUAGAUAUUCAUAAUUCACUUUCAUACUUAAUCAUAAUAGUGUUUUAUAUAAGUUUUUUUAAUAAUUAAGUGUUACAUAUUUUAUUUUCUGUUUGCAUGUUAUCCCCGUGACUGCGCGGGUUCCCUCCGGGUACUCCGGCUUCCUCCCACCUCCAAAGACAUGCACCUAGGGAUAGGUUGAUUGGCAACACUAAAAAUUGGCCCUAGUGUGUGAACGUGAGUGUGAAUGUUGUCUGUCUAUCUGUGUUGGCCCUGCGAUGAGGUGGCCCCGCCUUCCGCCCGAUUGUAGCUGAGAUAGGCUCCAGCGCCCCCACCGCAGCCCCGAAGGGAAUAAGCGGUAGAAAAUGGAUGGAUGGAUGGAUAUUUUAUUUUCUAAUUCUAGAUGAUUCCAUGGAUGAAUUCCUUUAUAUGAUAUACAUAUUUGUUUUGCAUGUGUUCAUACCUUUGCUUUUGAGUACACAUAAAUCCCUCUUAGUUCAUAUUUACUGGUUCACAUCUGAAACAUCUU